CAGCGCCGGCGCGCAGGAGGCGGCGGGGCCGGUGCGGGCGUUGGAGCCGCCGCGGCGGCAGGAAGAUGGAUGCGCUGUGCUCAUGCCUCGCCGCUCGGCGUCUUUCCUUGGCGGCACGGGCUUCCAAAGCAGCUGAGUCAAGGACCUUAAGGAAUGUCACGCAGUAGUUGCUGACCUAACUGACACUGAAAGGAACAGAAGAAGAUGGCAAUCCAUAUUUGAAAUAAACGUGUGGACUCUGAUAAAAAACCAUGUCAAAAAAAGGACGGAGCAAGGGCGAAAAGCCUGAGGCACUGAUUGUUGCCCUACAGGCUGCCAAUGAGGACCUCAGGACCAAGCUAACAGACAUUCAAAUUGAGCUGCAUCAGGAGAAAUCUAAGGUUGCUAAGCUCGAAAGAGAAAAGACUCAAGAAACGAAACGCAUCCGUGAAGUGGAGCAACGCAAGCAGACCGUGCAGAUCACAGAGCUAAAAGCCAAACUCCAUGAAGAGAAAAUGAAGGAGCUGCAGGCGGUGAGGGAGAACCUCAUCAAACAGCACGAGCAGGAGAUGACGAGAAUGGUGAAAGUCCGAGACAGUGAAAUCCAGCGCCUGAAGUCGGCGCUGUGCGCGCUGCGGGAUGGGAGCAGUGAUAAAGUACGGACUGCGCUGACCAUUGAGGCUCGUGAGGAGGCCAGGAAACAGUUUGACUCUGAGCGCCUGAAGCUUCUGCAGGAAAUUACUGAACUGAAGUCUGCCAAAAAGCAGGUGGAUGAGGCCCUUAACAAUAUGAUCCAGGCUGACAAGAUCAAGGCAGGUGAUCUUCGGAGUGAGCAUCAGUCCCACCAAGAGGCCAUUUCCAAGAUCAAAUGGGAGAGUGAAAGGGAUAUUCGACGCCUGAUGGAUGAGAUCAAGGCUAAAGACAGGAUCAUAUUUUCAUUGGAGAAAGAACUGGAGACACAGACAGGCUAUGUGCAGAAGCUGCAGCUGCAAAAGGAAGCUCUGGAUGAACAGCUCUUUUUGGUGAAGGAGGCAGAGUGUAACAUGAGCAGUCCCAAGAGAGAGAUCCCAGGAAGGGCUGGAGAUGGUUCGGAGCACUGCAGCAGCCCUGACUUGCGCAGAAACCAGAAGAGGAUAGCAGAGCUGAAUGCCACCAUACGGAAGCUGGAAGACCGGAACACGUUGCUUGUUGAUGAACGAAAUGAGCUGUUGAAGCGUGUUCGAGAAGCUGAGAAACAAUGUAAACCUCUUCUGGAAAAGAACAAGUGCCUCACGAAGAGAAAUGAUGAACUGAUGCAGUCUUUGCAGCGCAUGGAAGAUAAACUCAAAGCAGUCACUAAAGAAAAUAUAGAAAUGAGAGAAAAAAUAACAUCACAUCCUCCUCUAAAGAAAUUAAGAUCUCUCAAUGACCUGGAUCAGGCUAAUGAGGAACAAGAAACUGAAUUUUUAAAGCUUCAGGUCAUAGAACAGCAGAACAUAAUUGAUGAGUUAACAAGGGACAGGGAGAAACUCAUUCGUCGGAGAAAGCAUAAAAGGAGCUCAAAACCAAUCAAGAGACAUGUGGUGGAUACGGUUUUUGGGUAUGAUGAUGAUUCUAUGGACUCUGAAACAUCCUCUGUGGCCUCAUAUAGAACAGACAGGACACCAGCAACCCCAGAUGAUGAUCUGGAUGAGGGUUUAGCAGCAGAAGAGUCAGAGCUGCGGUUUCGACAGCUGACGAAGGAGUACCAGGCCCUGCAGAGAGCAUAUGCACUGCUGCAGGAACAGGCAGGAGGGGUCAUAGAUGCUGAAAGAGAAGCCAGGGCUCAGGAGCAACUUCAAGCUGAAGUCCAGAGGUAUAAAGCCAAAAUAGAAGAUCUGGAGAAAACUUUGGCUCAGAAAGGGCAGGACUCACACUGGGUGGAAGACAAGCAGCUUUUUAUUAAGAGGAACCAAGAGCUUUUAGACAAGAUAGAGAAAACGGAAGCAGAAAACAACCGUCUGCAACAGGAGCUGCAGGACGCGCGAGACCAGAAUGAGCUGCUGGAGUUCCGCAACCUUGAGCUGGAGGAAAGAGAGAGACGGUCCCCACCAUUUAAUCUCCAGAUUCACCCAUUCUCAGACGGUGUGAGUGCUCUACAGAUCUACUGCAUGAAGGAAGGGGUUAAGGAUGUCAGCAUCCCAGACCUUAUAAAGCAGUUAGACAUCCUAGGUGAUAAUGGGAAUUUAAGGAAUGAAGAACAAGUGGCCAUAAUUCAGGCUUCUACGGUAUUGUCCUUGGCAGAAAAGUGGAUCCAGCAGAUUGAGGGAGCUGAAGCUGCUCUGCAUCAGAAGAUGAUGGAACUGGAAAGUGAUAUGGAGCAGUUUUGCAAAAUAAAAGGUUAUUUGGAGGAAGAAUUAGACUACAGAAAGCAAGCUCUUGACCAAGCGUACAUGAGGAUCCAGGAGCUUGAAGCCACCUUGUACAAUGCUUUGCAGCAAGAAACAGUGAUAAAGUUUGGGGAACUACUCACUGAAAAACAGCAGGAAGAGCUGAGGACAGCAGUAGAAAAGCUAAGACGUCAGAUGCUGAGGAAGAGCAGAGAGUAUGAUUGCCAGAUUCUUCAGGAGAGGAUGGAGCUGCUCCAGCAGGCUCAUCAGAGGAUCCGAGAUUUAGAAGAUAAAACUGACAUCCAAAAGAGACAAAUUAAGGAUCUGGAGGAAAAGUUUCUAUUUCUGUUCUUGUUCUUCUCUCUUGCCUUUAUUCUUUGGCCUUGAUGUCAAUGUGCCUCUUGGAAAGGUAAGACUGUUUUAUUUAUUUCCUCAAAGCUACCACUUCUUGCACAGACCGGAGGAUCACAUCCUUGUGUGUUCUUGUGGAUGUUUGGAGUCAGCAAAUGCAGCAGGUUGUUGUCGAUUUGCAGUAGUUCACAGUAGGGGGUUGUUGUACUGCCAAGCUGCUGGUGAUAUUGUGCUAUUCAUAAUUGUAAAAAUAAAAGCUAACAAGGAAUUUCACAGUAUCAAAAAGCCAAGGGAAUUGCAGGGGAAAUUUAAUGUUGAUGUUUACAAAGGGAUGCAGAUGGAAAACAGUUAAAAUAACCUCAACCGUAAACACACUCUGAACUAGCACUGAGGAAGGAGAUCAAGAUUUUGAAACAAUAGAACAGCAGCUCUACUUUUUAAAACAAGUGUCCCGUAGCAGGAAAAAUACAAAGAAAGACAAGGAAGAACGAUCAACUGCUGAGAGACAGGAAGGGAGAGAUAGAGAAAUGGAAGUAUUUUUCUGGCUCAGGAAGUGACACUGCUAAUAGGAGGUAUUGGAGAGGUCUAAAAAAUUUGUCAUAGAAUGGAUGGAUGGACGGACAGACAGCUUGCUAUUGUUCACCGUCUAAUAGAAUCAAUUACCAUGUAACAAGCUUAAAGAAACAAAAAUUCAAAGUUAAGGGUACAGGUGGUAAAGAAGUCUUUCACGUAUGCUUAGCAGCUGAAAGUUCUGAAUUCAAAAGGGAAUGUGAAGAUGGGGAAAUAAAUCAGAGAACUAUAAUGGUCCCAUUUUUAUCUGUGCCUAGCCACUUCCAGAGCAAGGAUGCUGGGCUAGGACAAUUUUUCUUUUCAUCCAGGAUAACAAAAGUAGAACAUAGCAUAGAAAACAUAAUGUUAAAGUCUCAAGAACAUGUAAUGACAGCAUAAUUUUCUGAUUUGAGGACAGACCCAUACCAUUAAAUUUAUCAGUCUCUCUUGGCUCUGGCUUCAGCUGUGUUAAUGAAUAAUUCCUCUGCUCUCCACCUGAUAAAAGCUGAGAUACAGUUGUGUGAAAUAUGUUCUGCCCUUCCACCAUUUGUACCAGCUCAUUUUUUGUUUCCAGAUACAAUUCAAGGUAUUGAUUAUAAUUAAGUGGCAUGGGUCAUGUUUGGUGGGUUUUCCUUUUCCCUUUAAGGAAAAGCCCCUACUUCGUGUUUUAUUUCAGCUAGAUCCAAGCUUUCAUUUGCAGUUUUGUGCUGAUGCAGAGACAACUCUCAGAAUUAGUCACUUCAACUGGGAUCCACUGUGUCCUUGUUUGGCCAGACCUCAAAAUGAAUGUUUCCAUGGGCUGAGGCAGCAAUAUACCUGGAGGCUGGCUUGAACGGGCAACAACCCAUAGAGAAGAAUUAGGAGAAAUGCAGACAGAUCAGUGAUCACAGCUCUUGUGAACAAGAGUCAGUAUCAUUAUCAAGUUGCUGCAGUUUCAAACAUACUGCCUUGAUCCAGUGAUUAUGAAACACAAUAACUUAUGACUGCAUUAAUUGUGUUCCUACUGCAGGAUUUCUGAGAACCAUGGUACAGCAUAGUAUAGCUGUGAGAUGUUUUAGGUAUCUCUGACUGGUGGAAGUUUGACUUCACAGUUUCUUGCUUAUUCAUAAUGGAGAAAAAAAUUAGAAACUAUUCUGAAGUGACCAAAUUGUGGACAGAAUAAUUUUAAGAAGCCAAGAUUUUCACAGUACACAGUAGUAGCAAAUAACUUUCUAUGACUAUGUCUUUUGCUGUACCACAGAAUCAUGAGUCUAGAACAAGCAGUCAACCUAGAGGGAGAUUCCAAAUUAAAAAAAAUAUUGGAUUUAAGGUGCACCUUGAAAAAUCACAGGAACUUGUAGUGACAUUUGUGAGAACCUGCCUGCAUGACUUUUUUCCAUUUGCCUGUACUGUUGUCCUUUUUUCGUUCCUGUCACAACUGAAAUAAUGUCCUUGUGCAGCAUAUGAGAAAAACUUGGGCAAUAAGAGGUUCAGAGUUUUCUAUAUAUACAGUUUGCACCUACAUUUUCCACCAGUGUGGGUAUGGCAUUGGUUCUCUAAUGAGUAUUUGCCUCUUCUAGUACAGCUACAGAAUUGGUGAGCUUUUACGUCCUAGUAUUACCAAUACCAAUCUGCUAAUACCAUUUGCUAAUAACACUUAGGUCCUUUUGGCCUAAUUUUUGAGGGCAGGUAUUGGCUGGUUAGAAAAGCUAAUGAGAUGCUUGAGGUCAGAACUCCAUAUUUUUCCUAAGUUCUAGGAGGUUUGCUAUUUUUCACUUGGAGUCAUCCUGCCUCCAUGGGCUGCUGGGUCCUGUUCAGCUCUUGCUCUUCACAGAGCUGAUGCACAUCUUGCUGUCAUGUUCAUUGAACAGGACUAAAAAUCAAAACAAUAUAAACAUUUAUGUGCUGUCCUUAAGGCAUACACGACUGUCCCAGCUGCACAAUUGACCGAUGUCAUUGCAGGGGAAUUUACAUGGAUCCAUUAGGGAUUGUGUCAAGAAUUCACUUCCCUCCUCACGCCCUUUCUCUCUCCACCCUCCACCCCCCAUUCUGGCCCAAUCUCCUUCAAUGGGUUUUCCUCUUGUUUUACAUAACAUCUAAGGUUUAGCAGGUGUAAAUCCCUUCGAGAUCACUUUGUUGAGCCCAGGAAUGCUGCUCUAACUACAAUGCCAAGAUGAGUUUCACUCAUUGAAGUCACUGUUGCUCCAUAAUGGCUGGUCCCUGGAGCACACAGGGGUCCAGUUCCCCAUAGAGAAGAUGAGAAGCAUCAGCAGGAGCUGAAAUGUGGGUUACAGCCCCAUAAAGCCUGCUAGGCAGUUGUGGCACUCCUAGGACCACUCAGGAGGUGAAGGGUUCUUUUGCCUUUCCCAUCCUUCUUUUACAUAUUUGGCUUGAUGAACAUCAGGUAGGGAUCAACAAGACAGAUUACAGUGAGCUGAGUGACAGAGGAAAAGAGCCGUGACAGUAGUGGAGACACAGUGACUUAGAGAAUCGACAUUGACUGUGAAGGUGGAAAAAUCUUACGGGAGAGGUGUGUGUGGGGGAUAUAUAAACUCAAUGCUUUUCCAGAGGAUCUGCACUGCUGUGAACUCCCUUGAACUGUAAAGACAGCUGCAGCAGGCCCAGCAUCACAGCACGCAUGACACCUGUAGAGUGUUUUACCAAGGCCAGUCACUCCACAGGUGCAAAGCAUCAAGUCUUGUAGCAGUUCCUCAAAAACAAGGUAAUGGUAAGCUCCUCAUCCCCUGCCUUCACCCCUGCAUUUUCCUCUAUGGGAUCCUCUCCCCUCAGUACCUGAGGGGAAAUCUCCAGACACAGGCAAUUUGGGAAUGGUGUUGGCAAGAAGGAGAGGGAUUUUAGCAAAGUCAUAUUCUCCAAGGCUGGAAUACAUGGAAUUGGAGAGAAUAACUAACAUUGAUUUGUGUUGCCCAUUCACGUUAAAAAACACCGCCUACCCAGGUGAUUUAAUUCAGCAAAGGUGAGCACGGCAUGGGGAGUGUGCCAUCAGCAUUUCUUCUUACAACUAUUUAGCUGUAUAUUUUGUCAUAUGUAUAAUAUACUAUAUAUAUAUAUACUACAAAACUGCUUUACUUCUACUGGAUGGAAGUGAACUGUCGUAGCCUUAUCAUAAGGGACUUCAUACAGAUCCCUGACAAAACAAACAAAAAGCCCAGCUCAUCCUGGGGAGCCACUUGAUGGUGAAAAGUCUUUGGUUUUGUUCAUGCCUUGGUGCAGUUUAUCCUUUGCCAGUCUUUUAACCAGGAGAGAGAAAUCCACAAUGUGGUCACAGAUGAUACCUUCUGGUUUCCUUCUCACCCAGAGUGAACACUUGACUCACUGCUGUACUGCAAUAACAAAGGACAAGAAAGUGCAAAUGAAGGAAGCCACGUGCAGCAGAUACAGUAUCCAGACCAGAAGCACUCUCAUUCCUGUUUAUAUGGGAUUUUCCUACCUGCAUUUUCUCUGUGCUUGUGAACAUAUGUAUGCACUUAUUUGUGACCACAUAAGGAAGUGUGGUCCGUGUGGAUUUUGCACCCAGUGAAAUUUACUAUGUAGGCUUAAAUGCUGAGAUAACAAAGACAAAAUAUGCCCUUUUUCCCCUGGUCUCAAACCUGAGAACCAAAGUUAUUUUCUAUAGGUAAGGUAGGCUUUCUCAGAACAUCAGCAGUUUCUGUUUGCCUCAGUGCUGCAUUAGCCAAAAUUCCGGCUUACUCUGACACCCCAAGGAUAUUGCCUGCUGCCAUGGCUCUUGUUAUGGGAGAAUUGUAGGCAGCUUUGGUUCAAGAGUCAUUGAAACUUAUGCAUACUACUCAUGUGAACAUGCCCAUGGGGACUUUUAUGCACCACAGGGUUGAACUUCGUGGGGUUUCAAUGGACAAGCUUAUCAAAAUACACAGACUUCUCAUAAGUGCUUUUCAUGCAGACAAAACCAGUUUCAUACUGAUAGCUACAAGAACUAGCCUUUUCAGCUUCCUGAUUUUGAUAUAUUGAUUCUAUCUUGGCAAAUCUGGGAUAGGUAGGUAGAGGAACUUAGAAACGUAUACCUUAUCUGAUACAGACGUUCUUCUUUUUUUUUUUUUUUAACUUUUAGAGUGCCCGACCACACAGAUAAGUCCUUAUAAAGGCAAAUGCUUCCACCCCUCGAUGAAGAGAAUAUUGUUUACACCUGUUUUCAAAUGUAUAAAAAUGAACAACCUGUAGCCAAGACUGCAACCACCUUGUAUUUUAAAGCCAUCACUCAAAAUUUGUUACCUGACAAUUCCUGUCUAAAGCUAUGAUAUAUGCUGCAUCUAAUGAAAUCCUGUAUGUUGAAAUUACAAAAGGGGAAGAAAAAUAAACUGAUAACCUACAUCACCUAGGAAGAACUUAAAGGGAAGGGACCACUUUCAGCUGAUCAAGUCAGUGUGUCUUGGGCAUGGAACCAAAGUUACAAUUGAAAAAUCUAUUCCUGCUGUGCAGGGCAAUCAUUUAAAUGUUUCCCUGUCAUCUGACAAAUGGAUCAAAAAUGAACAGAUGAGAGUAGGAGAAACUGAAGAGAUGCUGACAACAAAAUGUUCAAUUUGAAGUAUGUGGCUUUCUCGCUGCAGGGACUCCUGCUCUCCCUCUUUGGUUUUAACCUCAGGAACAAAUGACAGCUGCAAUGUGGAAGGAAGAAAGGAAAAAAGCCCCAGUCUGUGUUACUGCAGGGUGGGCAGGACAGAUCACCAUGUUUUGUGCUUGAGAUUGUUACACAGCACCACCUGCCUUGGCCCAGGCAUGGAAGAAGAGGGUGGAUGGCAUAAGGAGGGUUUCCAGUGGAGCUGAAGCCUUAUCUCUCUUCACCAUCCCUCCAUGAAGAACAGCCUGUCUAUUAUCAGAUACUUUUCAUACUCUUUAAAGACUGCCAUUGAGAUAAUAAAACCAAGACUAUACUUGGUUUCACUAUAGAGUAACCACUGAAUUGGACCUACAGAAUAGCUUCUGAGAAAGAAGAGAGAUGUUGGAGGACAGGGCAGGGAGGAAAGCUAAUCCCCUUAUCCAUGUGACAUGAUUCACAAAGCAUCAGCUUCCAACUGUUUUGUCCCAGCUUGGAAAAAAUGUUUUGGUUCAGCUUGUCAACUGACUUUGUUGACUUCCUGACCAAUGAUACAUAGACCGAAAAUGGGGAAAAACAUUGUGAACACAACCUUAUUACAGAGAAAAAAUAUUGCUAGUCUGUUUAGAUUUUUCCACAGUUAAGAGUAACUAAAAGUAGUUUUCAUUUGAAAGCAUUACUUACCUCUGUAAUCAUGAAGCCUGGAACCCAGCCGUGGUGCCUCCCUGAGGUCAUAGGUCCAUGCACCCAUCACUUUGUCAGAAAUGUAGGUCCAUGCACCCCAGCAGUCUUUCAGAAGAGCACUCCCUGAGGAGCACAAUGCCUGCAGCAAUCACUGUGAGUCCUGUGCUGAGGGAAGGAGUGCAGCCAGCUGCACCCACCCUCCCUUUCUCGCUGGUGGGCUGACAGUACACUUCUCAGUGCCUCUGGUUUCAUCUUCUGGGGAACGGAGUCCUGCCUGUUCAGACUUUGGAUUCCUGUGGCCAGGCUCUAUCUGCAGUGGAGCCUUAAUUUUAACUGGAAGAAAUGGAUUUCUGUACUAAAAACUAGAAAAUUAAGGGCCAGAAUACAGCUUGUGCAUUACUUACACCUUCAAAGCAGGGAUCACAUGUACCAACAUCUUACGCACAUCAGAAGCUUUUGAAGAGCUUUCGAAGAGUUUUUCAAAGAUCUUCUCCUUUGCUUGCCUGUUUACUUUUACAGACAAAGCAGCUGAGGCACAAAGCAGUGAGGUUACUUGCCGGAGCAACUCAGCACAUCAAAAGCAGUUCCUUAGCCAUAGGAGGGAGGGAGUUUCUCUGGUGUCAAUGAUGCCUGCCCCUCACAGAUAGCUUUUUUUUUUGGCCAGAAUAGCUUUUAAUCAGUAAUGUCCAUUUGACUAACUGCAUUGCAGUUUCUCCACAAAGACUGCUAACAUCCUUAUUCCUUGAGUGCCAGGAGAUAGUGUUAAACCUUCCAUGGAAGAUUAGAAGUUAUUAGCAAGUGAUUUUUUUUUCCUGCUCCUUAAAGUUAAUUUAAAUUAUAGAAUGACCACAUCUUCUUGAAACACUGGCUCAGCCAAGGGGUUUACUGAGUUCUGGCACCAAGCUGUAUGUUUGCUGGCUCAUUUUUAAAGAAAUAUGCUUGUAGGUAGAUAUGUUACAUGACUGCAGGCAUAUUGCGUGUUUUUUUUCAAAUUCCUUUCCCUAGCAGAAGACUCUGUGAAUAAGGUUGUGCUUUCCAUGAGCUAGCAGUUCAGUCCUGGAGCUCUGGAGUUGGGCCCUGAAGAGUGGUCCCACUCCUGUGACAGCUGGAGAUUACUGAGCAGCUUAACAGCAGCUUGUUAGCUAGAGGGAGCUUUCUCUCUGGUUGUUCCUUCCCACCUCACUCUUUUCUCCUCUGUUGCAGCAUCAGGUAAUUUGCCACCUUCAGGUGGCUUUCCUCAGUGUUAGGGCUGGCAGUUAAAGCACUGAGUUCUUGCAGAAGAAUUAGCAGCUCUUGGUUUCAGUGAUGGUGCAAUAACUUCCACCGCUGGUUUGGUUUAAAAAAAAACCCCUAGAAACAUUUAUUUCAGGCAAUCAUACAGAAGGUUUAUGGCACAGUUAGAAAUACACACUUUUACAACAUACCUAACUGGUCUUGUGGCAGGCUUCAUUAUUUAGACUCCCUAAGUCAUGUUAUCUUAUUUAAUUUCUCUUUUUUGUCUAAUUUGCCCUGCCUUGCUCCUGUGUGUAUACAUAUGCAUGCAGGUAUUGCAUUGCCAAGGGUUCAGGGUGGGAUGGGUGCUGGUAGUCUGACUGCAGCAGACCUGGAUCUGCAAACUUUUCAAAGAUUGUUCUUGCCUCCAGGGAGCUGAACCACCGCUGCUUUACUCUCCUUGCAGCAUAACACAUGCCAUGCCUAAAACACACAUGCUGAUGUGAGUUAAUGGAACUUUCUGCUAUCAGCUAGAUAAAAUGAGUUUCAUGUCUGUGUGUAUAUAUAUAUAUAUACACACAUGUAUCUAUAUGUAUAUGUACAUAUAUAUACAUAUAUAUGCAUAUACUUACCAAUUCCUGAUUGUAUAUAGAAAUAUUGCUGUAGCUUACAAAAGUAUACUUUAAUCUAGGCAUGGGGAACUGAAUCCAGAUUAUUCCUCCAGGUUUACUUUCACAUCUCAUGGGCAGCUAAUUUUUUGAUUCUUUUUUUCUGGACCACUCAAAGGAGUCACUCUCCUUUGACUGUUAAUCCUGGGCUUUCUGCUGUUCCUGAUGUUCAUUGAAGCAAAGGAUUGAGAAUCCUCCCUCAGAUUAGUCACUGUAGCCAACCUCCCCUCCCCAAAGCCAACAACAAAAAUAAAAUCAAUGUACUGCAGCCUUUGAGGACAGCAAAUACAGCCCUGGAUCCCUCCCGUGCAUCCCGUCAAGGCUGUUCAGGAGUGGCAGCACUCCAGGCUAUCCAUCCUGCCAAAGCACAAGGUGAGCCACAGAAGGUAGUACAAAUCAGCUUGACCACAAUUGACUUGCUUUUUUUUCCCCCCCAGUGACCAAGUUAUGAGACUUUGAAGACUAUUUUUUGAAUUUAAACACUUCAGAUGAGGGCCUGGUUACAUGAGAUGAGUUUAGGCAAUUGGGGUUGCAGUAAGGAAAUGGUACUUCUUGCAGUGUUACCAGCAUGGCUCACAGGUCCAUCCUUUCUUACUGAUGUGCCUGGAGGACAAUGGAGAAUUUUUUUUUUUGGUGUUGUUAAUCGUCCAACCACCUACCAUUAUGUCAGUGGGAAACAUCCGCUGAAACCCGAAGCUUUCAGUUCUGUGGCAUCCCAUGAGGACUGUCCAGGCCGGGCUCUCCUGACAUGAGCAGGGCUCAGAGAACACUCAGCUGCUGGUGAUCCAAAGGGUUUUUUCUUCCCCUGCCCUCUCUCACAUCAGCACCUCUGUGGUUUUAUAUAUACUUUUUGUUCCAGAUUUUUUUGGUGUCUAUUCCAGAACAAAAUUGUAAAUUACUUGCAGAAUGACCCUUUGAUAAACAUUGGACAUGUACCUGUACUAUAUGUAUUAACGUGUAGGAGAGAAUCCUUAUUGUAUGUAAAGUUUUAUGAAUGGUUAUUUUUUAAUUUAUGUAUUUAAUAUAGGAUUCAAUGACCUCUGGUGUUUUAGUUUGUAUAAAAAAUAAAACAGCGGCAUUUUUAAAAAAAAAAAGCAACCA